AUGGUUAUGAUUAAAUCCUUUUCUUCUAUGGCAAUGCAAAAUGCUUCUGCUAUUCGAUUAAGUCUACUUGUGCUUGUGGUUGGAUUAUCCUCAGCACAAUUGUCUUCCAAUUUCUAUUCGAGUUCGUGUCCCAAUCUACUUUCCACUAUCAAAACUGCAGUUGACUCUGCAGUAUCCAAUGAGGCUCGCAUGGGAGCAUCGUUGCUUCGUCUUCACUUCCAUGAUUGCUUUGUCAAUGGCUGCGAUGCAUCGGUAUUGCUCGAUGACACGGCCAACUUCACUGGAGAACAGACGGCCGGGGCGAAUGCAAAUUCAUUGAGAGGAAUGGAUGUGAUAGACACCAUUAAAUCGCAAGUUGAGAAUGCUUGUCCAGCCACUGUUUCUUGUGCAGAUAUUUUGGCUGUUGCUGCCCGGGAUUCUGUCGUUGCUUUGGGAGGCCCAAGUUGGUCAGUUGUACUUGGAAGAAGGGACUCAACCACCGCAUCUUUGAGUGCUGCUAACAGCAACAUCCCAGCUCCAACUUUGAAUCUUAGUGGCCUUAUUUCUGCCUUCUCUAACAAAGGAUUCACAGCCAAUGAGAUGGUAGCCCUUUCAGGUGCUCAUACAAUAGGCCAAGCAAGAUGCACGAGUUUUCGACCCAGACUAUAUAAUGAAACCAACAUAGAUGCCUCGUUUGCAACAUCACUGCAAGCAAACUGCCCGAGCAGCGGUGGCGACAACAACCUUUCGCCGCUUGAUAAUGUCACUCCAACGUCAUUCGAUAACAAUUAUUUCACGAAUUUGCUCAGCCAGAAAGGGCUUUUGCAUUCUGAUCAGCAGCUCUUUAGUGGUGGUUCCACUGAUUCUCAAGUGAACGCUUAUAGCUCAAACUCCUCUGCUUUUCUCAAUGAUUUUGCAAGUGCUAUGGUGAAAAUGGGAAACCUUAGCCCACUUACUGGCACCAAUGGACAAAUCAGGCUCAACUGUGGAAAAACCAAUUAA